AUGGCUUCUAUUGAUGACCUCAAACAAUUUGCUAGAGAGCAAGAAAACAUAGCUAGAGGUAAAUUGAAUGAUCAUCAACAAAAUGUUCUUGCAAAAUUGAAACAUUGUAGUUUUCUGAAAGAACGAUAUAAAGUUAUUGCAACAGAUGCAUCAGCAAAUGAUCAAGAUGAUGUGAUUGAAACUUUACCUUCAAAUUUUGACCAAACGAUCGAAUACUAUAAGAACAAUCUGAACGAUAUAAUGGAAUCUUCACUUCAAAUGAAUGAUAUUCUGCCAUUUGAUUUCAACAAUGUGAAACUCGAUGAAGAGAAAAGUGGAGAGUACUACCAAGGAAAAAUUUCGAGUUGCUAUAAGGAAGUAAUAGAUAAAUUCAUCAAGACUUGUAAACCAAUUACCCAAUUUUGUAAAAUUCUACUUGACGUGGCUGAUGAAAAAUGGGUGGAUAAGUUAGGUCUGAGGAGGGCUGUGUUCGUUACGGUAAACAUUCUUGUGAACCUUCUUAUCCCCGUUCAUGAAAUAUCUACUACUUUGACUCAAGCCGUGAAAGAAGCCGAAAUCCGGGACACGUCUGCUGCAAACUCCAACGACGAUGACAACAAGUUAGUGGCACAACAAAAACUAAAAGAAUGUGCACUUCAAAUAAUGAAGAUGGGCAAUAAAUUAAAAGAAGAUGCUGGAAGUCUCCUUGAUGUAAUAAUUGAUGGUUUUGGUUUGAGUGACGAAUUGAGAAACGAAUACUUCAAGCAUGUUGAAAAUUACUACAAAAUAGAAACUUCUCGUGGUCUCAUUCAUUUUCAACUUUGUUCAUAUAAGUUCGAGCAGAGUGAGAAAGUUUCGCAAGAGACUCUGAAGAAUUAUCACGAUGAAGUCACUGUUUUGAAGAGAGAAAUUCAGAAUACUUUCAACACGAACGUACAUGAAAUAUGUGAUGUUUUGAGUGGAUUGACUCUCGUGGAUCAUUAA